CGGGAAAGGAGAGAGAUCACAUGUGCCUUGGUGUGCGCCUACGACGACGACGACCGUGAAUCCUAGCCAGUGUAGUGUUUUCACCCUAAAUAAGUGAAAUCAUGGGGGCUGCGGCAGUCGCGUUGGAGGCUUCGCAUCGCACGCCUCCCAGUCGUCGCUGAUCGAGCCGCCGAAGACGUUCUUUCUCCUGCUCCUUCGCAUACAGCACGCAGCAUCAUCAUCGUCGCCGCCGCGGUCCACCAAAGGACAAAUGGCAUCGCACAUCCUACUCUUCACCUUUGCCUCGGCUUUGAUCUUGGCCUCGCGCAGUUCAGUGGGCCAGGAGUUCUUCUCGCCGUCGCUGGACGACAGCCUGCCGCCCGACUGUGUGCUCAAAGUGGUGCGAGACGCUGCUUCCUCCAACGACAUCUCAAGCAAUGUCGGCGGCGGCGAGAGUUUCUGCAUCUCGGCCAGCGCGGUCAACGAGGCCUUCAGACUGGCCAGGUCAAAGGUCGGCAUCUUCAGCGCUCCGCGGAAGCCUAGGACCUCGGUCGAGGAGGACCUGCUCGCCGAGGCCCUCCAGGAGACGACGAGAUUGCUCAAGGGCAGAUUCAAACUGACUGAUGAUGAAAUCUGGGGCGGUCUUCCUCUCUUGGACACUUCCGAGACGGAAAUCGUGGACUGGUGCCCCGACAGACUGUCCCUCAGGCGCACGUGUCCGCCCAGGCUGUCCCGCUACCGCUCCUACGAUGGCUCCUGCAACAACGAAGGGCCGCUCUCGUGGGCCCAAGGUGCCUCCAUGCAGCCCUUUCCCCGAAUGAUUCCCCCCGUCUAUGGAGAUGGGGUCGGUCAGCCACGAAGGUCGGUCUCUGGCCGGCCGCUGCCCAACGCCCGCCUCGUGUCAGCCACAGUGCACCGCGACCUGGGAUUCCACGACCACGCCGUCACCCUGAUGUUCCUGGCCUGGGGCCAACUGCUGGACCACGAUGUCACCUUUACUGCCGAAGCCAAAAAUCCUGGUACAAACACGGAGCCGCAGUGCUGCGAAAACCCGCGAGCCAACCCAAACUGCGCCACCCUUACGGUGCCGUUCGACGACCCCUUCUACGCCAAGUACGGCCGACGGUGCAUCGAGUUCAUGCGGACGCCGGCGGCGCUGCGUCCCGGUUGCAGACUCGGCACGAGGUCGCAGAACAACGAGCUCGCCCCGGCCAUCGACGCCAGUUUCGUGUACGGCUCCACCAUGCAGGUGGCCCGCUCCCUGAGACUGGGGGCUGGAGGACAGCUCGCCUCCCUGGACAUCCUGCCCAGCGGCCUCAAGCCUCUGCUGCCGCUGAAAAUCCGAUUUCCGGACGACGGAUGCACCAGGCCGUCGCAGGACAUUUUCUGCUUCCUUGCAGGGGACAACAGAGUGAAUGAGCAGCUGAUGCUGACAGUUUUGCACACCGUCUUCGUUCGCGAGCACAACAGAAUCGCCACCGAGCUAGCAAUCAUCAAUCCGCACUGGAGCGAUGAAACCCUUUACCAGGAAACGAGGGCGAUCGUGGCUGCGAUCGUGCAGCACAUCACCUAUGAUGAAUUUCUUCCAGUUUUGCUUGGAAAAGAUGGAAUGGCGAAAUAUGACCUGAGGCUAGAACCUGAAGACUACUACAAUUUGUACCAACCGGGCCUGAAUCCAACUGUGCCUGACAGCUUUGGAACUGCGGCCUUCCGCUUUGGACACUCCCUCCUUCCCAGCACGAUUGAACGCUGGUCCCCGGCACACAGAUACAUAAGCUCAAUCAGGUUGAGUGCCGUCCUGCGCCAACCUUUCUCCGUCUACAGACCUGGCAGGAUGGACGAACUGAUUCUUGGCAUGGUAAACCAGGUUUCUCAAGCAAUGGACGAGGCUGUGACCAGUGAGGUCACAACGCACCUGUUCCGGAAGCCAGGAGCUCCUUUCGGUCGCGAUCUCGCGUCGAUCAACAUCGCCAGGGCCAGGGAACACGGCGUGCCGUCCUACACCAGGUUCAGGGAGUACUGCGGCCUGCCGGUGCCCAACACCUGGGUCGAGUUUGCGCAGGACAUGUCGCAUAACGUGACUGCCCUUGAAUACAGCAACGUGUUCGAGAGUGUGCAUGACGUUGACUUGUGGUCUGCCGGAAUCUGCGAGCGGCCCUUGCCCGGCAGCAUGGUGGGCCCAACCUUCAGCUGCAUCAUCGGCAAGUCGUUCAGGCAGCUGAGGAGAGCAGACCGCUUUUGGUACGAAAACCCUGACCAUCCAGGAGCCUUUUCUCCAGAGCAAAUACGAAGCAUCAAGCAGAUGACCUUGGCCAGAAUGCUCUGCGACAACUCAGACAAAAUCGAAACGAUCCAGAAUUUCGUGUUACUUUUACCAGAUCCUGAUCUAAAUCCAAGAGUAUCAUGCAGAAGCGGCGUGAUUCCAAGACUGGACCUGAGCUUGUGGCAAGACCUGAACAUAUCAAAAUAAUUCCAAACGUGCUAUAAAAACUAUUUAUAAAUUUGUAGAUAUGUACAUACUACUAGGAUAAAUACAAUAAAAUUAUUAUGAAUAUUUAAACGUUACAA